CACAAAGAUUUCUUAAACAAAACGAUAUGUUUGGUCUUGCUUGUAAUCCACAGUCUCCUUUGCUGACGUGAAAGCAAGGCAAAAGUCCUGGAUAAGAGAAGAGACGAUGUCUCUUCUCCUUGUUUGCUUAUAUAGAUAAGCGCAGAAGAAAGACCGAGUCAACUCACCCACUGUCUCUUGGAAAUAUCGACUCAAAAACAAAUUUCCUUAGUUGGGUUGGAGUUGGAGUUAAAAAAGAAAACAAGAAUAUUUAUUUCAGUAUUGGGUGUGGUAACUGAGCAAUGGGCUCUUGCAAGUCCCCUCAUGCUGUUCUUCUGCUAUAUGUCUUGGUUUGCUUUGUGUAUCAAUCUUUCGCUAUUGGAGUUGUUACGAACCAGACAGCAAAGCUGCUGGUGGAUGCUUCUGAAGCAUCGGGACGGCCAAUAUCUGAAACACUGUUUGGAAUUUUCUUUGAGGAGAUUAACCAUGCUGGUGCUGGCGGGCUAUGGGCUGAGCUUGUAAGCAACAGAGGUUUUGAAGCUGGGGGCCCUAACGUUCCUUCCAACAUUGAUCCUUGGUCUAUAAUUGGGAAUGAGUCAUCUUUGAUAGUGUCAACGGACCGUUCUUCAUGCUUUGACCGCAACAAGGUUGCACUUCGAAUGGAGGUGCUAUGUGAUAGCCAAGGUGCCAGUAGCUGCCCUGAUGGUGGUGUAGGAAUUUAUAAUCCUGGGUUCUGGGGCAUGAAUAUUGAAAAGGGGAAGACCUACAGUGUUGUUCUUUAUGUCCGCUCAUCUGGAUCAAUCAAUGUGUCCGUAUCAUUGACGGGCUCAGAUGGGUUGCAGAAACUUGCUGCUGCAAACAUUAUAGCUUCUGAUUCAGAAGUUUCAAACUGGACAAAAGUUGAAGUUAUGUUGGAAGCCCAAGGAACAAAUCCUAAUUCAAGACUGCAACUGACAACAACCAGAAAAGGGUUUAUAUGGUUUGAUCAAGUUUCAGUCAUGCCCCUGGAUACAUAUAAGGGACAUGGAUUUCGGAAGGACCUUGUUGAAAUGUUGGAAGAUUUAAAACCUCAAUUUAUGAGAUUUCCAGGCGGCUGUUUCGUCGAAGGUGAAUGGCUACGAAAUGCAUUUCGUUGGAAAGAAACAAUUGGACCCUGGGAAGAGAGACCUGGACACUUUGGUGAUGUUUGGAUGUACUGGACUGACGACGGACUUGGUUAUUUUGAGUUUCUCCAACUAGCAGAGGACCUUGGUACAUUGCCAAUAUGGGUAUUUAAUAAUGGAAUCAGUCACACUGAUCAAGUUGAUACUUCCAGUGUCUUACCAUUUGUACAGGAAGCUCUUGAUGGUCUUGAGUUUGCUAGAGGCAGUCCUAAUUCUACCUGGGGUUCUCUCCGUGCUGCAAUGGGACACCCAGAACCCUUUGACUUGAGAUAUGUUGCUAUUGGGAAUGAGGAUUGCGGAAAAAAGAACUACCGAGGAAAUUACCUUAAGUUCUAUAGUGCUAUAAAACGUGCCUAUCCAGACAUCAAAAUGAUUUCAAACUGUGACGGAUCUUCUCGAAAGUUGGAUCAUCCAGCUGAUUUGUAUGAUUUUCAUGUCUAUACAGAUGCCAAAAACAUGUUUUCUAUGGCUCAUCAGUUUGAUCAUACAUCACGUAGUGGUCCCAAGGCUUUUGUGAGUGAGUAUGCCGUCACUGGGAAAGAUGCUGGAACAGGAAGUCUUCUAGCAGCACUAGGUGAAGCUGGAUUUCUUAUUGGGCUGGAGAAAAACAGUGAUAUUGUUGAGAUGGCAAGUUAUGCACCACUCUUUGUGAAUGCCAAUAACAGGAGGUGGAACCCAGAUGCAAUCGUCUUUAACUCCUCACAUCUCUAUGGGACUCCUAGCUACUGGGUGCAAUGUCUUUUUAACGAAUCAAGUGGAGCAACUAUUUUCAAUGCAACACUCCAAACAAAUUUGUCUACUUCGCUUCUUGCAUCUGCAAUUUCUUGGAAAAAUUCAGAAAAUGAGAAUAGUUACCUAAGAAUCAAGAUUGUGAACUUCGGAACAAACAUAGUGAAUCUCAAGAUUGUUGUGGACGGGUUGGAGCCGAAUUCCAUUAAUCUGUCUGAGUCAACCAAGACCGUGCUCACAUCAACCAACCUGAUGGAUGAGAAUUCCUUUAAUGAGCCAAAGAAGGUGAUACCGAACCGGAUUCUACUUGAGAAGGCUGGUGAGGAUGGUGAGGAUAUGGAGGUUGCAAUCUCUCCGCAUUCUUUCACUUCAAUUGAUUUCUUAAUAGAAUCAAGCUUUAUCAGGACAACUGGAGCUGAUUCUGUCUCUGUAUCUUCUAUUUAAAAGUUAGAAAUAGAGUAAGUAUCAUAUGCAAUCGAAUAAAAUAAUCCCAUGUAAGUAAAUCAAAUAAUUCCAUGUAAUUAGAUGAAAUAAUCCAAUGUCAUCAAAUGAAAUAAUCCCACUGAAAUAGUUUGUAUAGUUGCUAGCCAGUUGUGCUACUUAAGCCAAAACAGUGCCCGCAAAAGAUUUAAGAACAAAAAAGCAAUAAAUUUCACAUUGUUGUUA